AUGAGGUCUGCCAACCAUGAUGGGAGUGUUGUAAAUCAAACUUGUUGUCGCUUCCGUUAUGGUGGUAUCAGUUUACCAAACCUUUCAAUUCCUCCCGCUUUCUUCGGUGAGAACCCGAGCGGCGUAAACGGGUUUGGCGGUGCUAUCUAUAAACGUGCUUCCUUCUUUGUUGAUGAUUCUCGUCAACCCCAUUUGAUGAACGUUCGUUAUGGUCUUAUUGUCUCACAAACCUCUCGACCCUAUGCUAGCUGUUUGUUGGAGCUGGAAAAACGAGGAGAGCGGUACGCCCGUUUGGAAACACUCCAAAAACAAUUACAAAGUAAUUACCGUUCAAUUCGUCAGGGAGGAGACUCGAACAAGGCCGAGCGAAUGAGUUAG